CUGCUGCUGCUGCUGCUGCUGCAAGACUCCUCUGCUGGUCCUCAUGACGACGACGCUGGUGAAGAAUUCAUUGUAGUUUUUCCGGAGAACAUCGCGUAUUAUCAUCCGGUUCCACCCACGAACAGGAUCCAGAUCACGGCUCUGCGUGACACGGAGGUCGUCCUCAGAAUGCACACAGUCCAAAUCAGGGCAGUGAAUCUGAACGCCGGACAAACUACAGAGAUCUUAAUUGACGACAGACUCGAGCUCCGAAAGAAAAACAUCUCCAGCACGACUCUCAUCAUCACCAGCAGCAGGAAAAUCACCGUCCAAGCCACCAGCCUGAAACUCAACAGCGUGCAGACGGCUCUGGUUAUACCAACUAACAAACUGGGUAAAGAGUACCUCAUCCCGCCUGUACCGCAAAUCCCAGGAACCACGGACCAAGUCUCACUGGACGUAACUGAGAGAAGACCGUUCACGCUGUUUAUCGUCAGCGCCCAACAAGGAACCAAGGUAACCAUUGAAGGAGUCUCCACCAGAGAGGUGCGGCUUCAGCCCCAGCAGGUCGUUCAGGUCUUGGUUCAAGAAGCAGACCAACUUCGAGCUGUGAAAGCCGACCAGCCGGUGGCCGUCCUCUUCGGUCACGCCUGCGCCAUCAGACACAACUGCACCUGCGGCCUCCUGCAGAUCACGCUGUCGCCCACCAAAGACCAGAGGCUCAGGUUCCUCAUUCCUCCCUUUCUGGCCGAGAGCGAAGCGCUUCUUCUUAUAUCAAGCAAAGAAGCAACCACAAUCAAAGACUUCGACCCGGACUCGCCGCUGGUGGAGACAAGUGGAACCGCCAUCCUCUACCGACCCGGGUUACUCCUCGCCCUGAUCCCAGAGACCAACUUCGCUUCCUGCUAUGUGAUAAGUCGUAUCCAAGGCAUGCAGAACUUUGCUGUGAUCGUGGUUCACACGAAUUUCAUUGACGGGGUUCGAAUUGGAAAUCUUCCUCUGGAGAAUUCUGCUUGGCAGCAGCUGGGACGGACGGAGUUCGCCUCGACCGAAGUCCGUCUGCAGCUGGACAAGAACGUCAUCUGGCACACGUCUCACAAAAUGGCCGUCUACUUUUAUGGGAAAUAUGGAACUGCUCUGUUUGGGAAUCCUGCGCCCACCAUCAGUAGAACUGCAGAUUUCAGGGGCUGCCUCUUGGAUCCAGAGGUCGUACAUAUCGGAGAAGUGGCGGCCGGCUGGCGUGAAUCCGUGAAGUACUGCAGAGACAACGGCCUGCAGCUGGUCAGCCUCUCCGACGCCCACAAUGUGACGCACAUCUACAAAGAAAUGAUCCAGGUGAACAACGGCAGCGUGCAGGAGGCGUGGAUCGGCAUGCGACGGAGCUCCCAGACCGGAGAGUGGUACUGGCUCAAUAACGAUCCCGUCAACGCCACCAACUGGGAGGAGGGGGAACCCGGGGCGGUGAACGACGGCCAGUGUGCCAUCGUGAGUCUGGAGAGCGGCCAGGAGUUCGGGUGGAGUGACGAGGACUGCUGCAAGGCCGUUCGUCCCGUCUGCUACAGACGACCCGUCCUCUUCCCACUGGGAUAAACCAGCAGCUGCACGUGGAGAUGUCCGGUCUCUGAACCAGAUGUGAUCAUUCACUUGUGCUUGAGUUCUACCUGCUGUGGUCAGUAGAAUAACUGUGGUCAUUAGAGCGCCACCUGUCUUUUGUCCUUCAAUCAACACAUACAUGUCUUCACAGACUCUUCUUUUAAAUGUUCUUCAUGUUCGACUCUUGUCUCGCUCCGUGUGUCCCUCAGAGAAAAAGAAAUCAACCUACAAAUGUUAGACUUU